AUGGCUGGUGAAACCUUCGAGUUCCAGGCUGAGAUUUCUCAGCUUCUGUCCCUCAUCAUCAACACAGUCUACUCCAACAAAGAGAUCUUCCUAAGAGAACUCGUCUCCAACUGUUCCGAUGCCCUUGACAAAAUCCGAUAUGAAGCUCUUUCAGACUCAAGUAAGCUCGAGUCAGGAAAGGACCUCAGAAUCGACAUCAUCCCAGACAAGGAGAACAAGACUCUCACCAUCCGCGAUACCGGUAUUGGUAUGACCAAAGCUGAUCUCGUCAACAAUCUCGGUACGAUCGCACGAUCAGGUACCAAGCAGUUUAUGGAGGCACUCACCGCCGGUGCUGAUAUUUCCAUGAUUGGACAAUUCGGAGUCGGUUUCUACUCUGCAUACCUUGUCGCAGAUCGUGUCACCGUCGUUUCAAAGAACAACGAUGACGAGCAGUACAUUUGGGAAUCUUCAGCCGGUGGAACCUUCACUCUUACACCAGACACUGAGGGAGAGGACCUUGGACGUGGAACCAAGAUCAUUCUCCACCUCAAGGAGGAGCAGCUCGACUACCUGAACGAGGCCAAGAUCAAGGAGGUCAUCAAGAAGCACUCCGAGUUCAUCUCAUACCCCAUCUACCUACACGUCUUGAAGGAGACCGAGAAGGAGGUUCCUGAUGAGGAUGCGGAAGAGAGCAAGACCGAGGAGGAUGACGAGAAGAAGGCGAGAAUCGAGGAGGUAGAUGAUGACGAGGAAGACAAGAAGGAGAAGAAGACAAAGAAGAUCAAGGAGUCCAAGAUUGAGGAGGAGGAGCUCAACAAGCAAAAGCCAAUCUGGACACGAAACCCACAAGACAUUACCGCUGAGGAGUACGGUUCUUUCUACAAGUCCCUCUCCAAUGACUGGGAAGACCACCUUGCAGUCAAGCACUUCUCCGUCGAGGGUCAACUCGAGUUCCGCGCCAUCCUCUUCGUUCCAAAACGUGCUCCAUUCGAUCUUUUCGAGACCAAGAAGACCAAGAACAACAUCAAGCUCUACGUCCGCCGCGUCUUCAUCACUGAUGAUGCCACUGAUCUCAUCCCUGAAUGGUUGAGCUUCGUCAAGGGUGUUGUCGACUCCGAGGAUCUUCCAUUGAACUUGUCCCGUGAGACUCUUCAACAGAACAAGAUCAUGAAGGUCAUCAAGAAGAACAUCGUCAAGAAGGUUCUUGAGCUCUUCCAGGAGAUCUCUGAGGACAAGGAGAACUUCGACAAGUUCUACACUGCUUUCAGCAAGAACAUCAAGCUGGGUAUCCACGAGGAUUCCCAGAACAGAGCUGCUCUCUCCAAACUCCUCCGAUUCAGUUCCACCAAGUCUGGAGAUGAUAUCACCUCCCUCUCCGACUACGUUACCCGUAUGCCAGAGCACCAGAAGAACAUGUACUACAUCACCGGCGAGUCCCUCAAGGCUGUUACCAAGUCGCCAUUCCUUGACUCCCUCAAGGAGAAGAACUUCGAAGUUCUCUUCUUGGUCGACCCAAUUGAUGAGUACGCCAUGACCCAGCUCAAGGAGUUCGAGGGCAAGAAGCUCGUCGAUAUUACCAAGGAUUUCGAGCUUGAGGAGACUGAUGAGGAGAAGACCACCCGUGAGGCCGAGGAGAAGGAAUACGAGGGUCUUGCCAAGGCUCUCAAGAACGUUCUCGGUGACAAGGUCGAGAAGGUUGUGGUCAGCCACAAGCUGAUUGGUGCUCCUUGCGCCAUUCGUACUGGUCAAUUCGGUUGGUCAGCAAACAUGGAGCGUAUCAUGAAGGCACAAGCUCUCCGUGACACAUCCAUGAGCUCUUACAUGUCAUCGAAGAAGACCUUUGAGAUCUCUCCACGAUCACCGAUCAUCAAGGAGUUGAAGAAGAAGGUUGAGGCUGACGGAGAGAACGACCGAACCGUCAAGUCAAUCACCCAACUUCUCUUCGAGACAUCCCUCCUUGUUUCUGGUUUCACCAUUGAGGAGCCAGCCGGAUUUGCUGAGCGCAUUCACAAGCUCGUCUCCCUAGGACUGAACGUCGAUGAGGAGCCAGAGCCAACCGAGGAGGCCGCUGCUGAGGCAUCAACAGAUGCGCCGGUCGAGAGCGCCAUGGAGGAGGUUGAUUAG